UACGGCAGUGCGCAAGCGUUGGGAAGUAAAAUUAAUAGGUUGUUGCAACGGUUUGGACUUCAAGGGUCUGUGCGCCUUGUGGUCUGUUCACCGAGGAAAAUAUGGCUCAAGCUGCUAGAGCUCAAUCUAAAGUACAAGAAGGUCUCCAGUAUAUUCAGGAGGCGGAGAAAUGUCUCAAAAGCGGUUGGUUUCGAAAGGCUGAUCAUGAGGGGGCUGCACAGGCGUAUGGGAAUGCGGGAAAUGCAUUCAGGAAUGCCAAGUCGUUUGAACAGGCCAAAGGUGCCUAUCUGAAAGCAGCCGAUGAGCAGCACUUGUGCAAAUCACUAUUUCAAUCUGCCAAAUCUCUAGAGCUGGCAGGUCAAAUGGCCAAUGAACUAAAACAAACAGAAGAAGCUGUGGUUCUAACAAAGCAAGCAGGGAUGCGUUUUAGGGACAAUGGCACACCAGACACGGCUUCGUUUGUGUUUCAACGAGCAGCCAAGCAAGCAGAGGGAAUGAAUGACGAGACAGCCAUAGAGCUGUAUGCAAUGGCUGCUGAGAUGUUGGAGAUUGAAGACAAGACGAGGCAAGUGGCAGAUGUGUUGGGGAAGUCAAUUCGGCUGCUGGUGAAACGCAAACAAUUUGAUGAAUGCAUCAAGCACAUGCAGAAGCAGAUCCAAUGCUACAAGAGUGUUGGCAGCUACCCACCAAUAUGCCGAACUGUUGUUGGUCUUAUUGUUGUCCAUCUUGCUCGUCAAGAUCCCGUUGCAGCAGACGAAGUCUUCAAGAGUGCAAUCGAAGUUCCUGGGUUUUCUGACUCUGAUGAGGCAAUUGCUAUUGAGGAGUUGCUUGAUGCAGUAGAGAAAGGUGAUCCUGAUGCCUUAUCACAGGCGGUCUCUAAACCUGUUUUUACUUAUCAGGACAAUGAGCUUGCUAAACUUGCUCGAGAUCUCAAAGUCGACGGUGAUCUUAACCUCACUUCCCAAACUCAAAGAUCACCACCUAGCAGCAUGCCUCCACUCACUGUGUCACACAAGCCACCACCAACGGACGAGAUGAGACCAACUGAGAUCACAAAAUGUGAGCAAGAAGAGCACAAUGUCGAUGAGCAAGAAGAGCACAAUGUCGAUGAGCAAGAAGCAGAACAAGAAGAGAAUCUAGAGAAGGAAGAUGUGCAACAGGAUGUGUUGCCACCGGACGUGCCUCAGAAUGAAUAUGAUGAGGAGUUUGAAGAAGGAUUGAGCUAGAUUGGUGGGACAAGGGAUUAUGCGUGAGUUAUAGUUAUUGUCUAGGAAUAUGGUGUUACAUAUGAAUGUCAUUCGAUUUCAAUAAUGUGUUGUUUCAA